UUUAGAGGUUUGAGUGAAUGUAAACAAAGACAAUAUGUUUGAAUUGAUUUGAUUUGCAAUCAAUUGAUUAAAAUCGAAAUCAUUGACAAUAUUGAUGGCAACCGAAGACAUGAGUUAUGAUAUAUCACCAACGGAUCCACUUUUACAAAAAUUUACGGUUGAGUUUAGCGAAGAUGAAGACACAGAGACUAUCAUUGACUAUAAUUUCGAUGAAGACAAACAAUUAGCCGAUGAGUUGAAUCAUAUUCAAGAAGUUCUAAUUAAAGACCUCGAAGACGACAACAGUAAUGAUAACAACAACAAUACCUACAAAACAAAUGAUGAUAAGACUGAUAAUGAUAUGGAAAUUGUGGUCAACAAUGAUGACGACCUUCUGUUGGGAUCAGAAAUCAUGACAGAGAAGUAUCUGAAGAAUCGACAACAGGAUAACAAUUGUGACAAAAAUAAUGAUAACAAUAUAGACAACAAUAAAGACAAUCACAAGAAAUGUAUUAAAAAGUUUGAUAACGAAAGAGAGUUAAGGAUUGAAUUGCAGACAGAAUUAGAGUUAGAGAGACAACAAAGGAUUCAUUUUCAGAAACUAUAUGAACAACACAUGAAUUACUCUCUUAAGAGAGAGUUUAAUGACUACAAACAUAUUAAGACAUUAAAGAUUGAAAUUUUGAAAUAUCGACAACAAUUGAAUGCAUUAAAGAAAUCACUUAAAAAUAAGGACAACAUUGAAGAUAUUAAUACCAUUGUUGAAGAUAAUGAAACUUUAAUUCACAAUAAAGAAAAAUUCCAAGAAUUUAAUUGUCCCGAUUGUUCUAAUACUUUCAAAUCGGAAGUCUCGAUGAUAUUACAUAUUGUUAAUCAUUGUAUCGAAGAACAAGAGUUCCGAUUGGAGACAACUGUCUUCAGAUUAGAUGAGUUCUCGGAUUCGAUGAUAGAUUCGAUUCGCAAAAGUGUUGUUUAUUGUUGUCCGCGAUGUGUCCGUACUUUCAAUUCACUCGACAUUUAUUAUCAUUUAUACAAAUGUCAUACAAAAGAGCGGCCAAUCAUUUGUAUUGAUUGCAGCAAAUACUUCACUCAUUUAGACUAUUGGACAGAACAUAACCAUUUGGUUCAUAACGGACUCAUUCAAAGUGUUAAUUAUAUUGAUAUUUCAUUACAAAAGCAUAAUUCACAAACUUUAAGACAAUCAUCAAACCUAUCACAACAGUCAGGAAGGAAACAAACAUUACCACCAAAUCGGAAGAUAUAUUCAAAAACUAAUGGCAACUAUAGUUCAAAAUCAUAUAAAUCUUAUUCUUCAAUUCGAACAAAUGAGAAGAUUAUUCGAUUGAGUGAUAAAUUAAAUAUUUUUGAUUCCAAUCCGAAUGAAGACGAAGAUGAAGACGACGACGAAGAAACAGAAGUGGAAGACGAAGAAGACGAUGACAAUGACAAUGAAAAUGGCAGUCGUAGUGAUAGUCCAGAAAUUAUAACUUUAGAUUCUCCCACUCCUUCACCUUCUGUAAAGCAAUCUUCUAAUAUAAGAACUUUUUCAGUAACCAAACCAUCAAUAUCUACGAACUCUAAUCUACCGAAUAAUUGGAAUUCGAGAAAAACAAUUGAAUCUAACUUUACCUGCGAUUUCCCCGACUGUGACUUCAAGACAACCAGUAGAGAAAAACUUGAAUUUCAUGUCAACGCUCACACAAAAUCUAAAUAUAAGUGUCCGUACUGUCCAUAUGUAGGCAACAUAUUGAACGACAUCUUGAAACACAUCCAAAAGAGUCAAAAGCAUAAAAACAGUUACGUUUAUAAAUGUCGCGACUGUUUCUUUGGGAUCAACUGUAGGCAAACAUUUACAGAGCAUUUAAAGAAAAGACAUUUUCGUAAUACCGACGAUGAAGAUGUCAUCAAUGAUUACAUCACUGAUAUGUUUCGUAACGCCUAUUCAACAAACGACAGCUGAUUCCAAGUGUUAUAAUAAGAUGUUUAUAUGUUAUAUAAA